AUGUACUCUGGUGCGGGCGAUCCACAAUACAACUUCAUCGAUGCGCAAGCGGGUCCAGGCUACCGUGAUUCUGACCAUCAGCCGCAGCAGCCGGCGCCAUUAGCAUCCUUUUCCGGGCCUGGUAUUCCUGUUGCCGUUCAACACCCCAACUUGAGCUUGGUCACGGAUUUGGAUGCGGACCAUGCGGCGGAUUAUCGUUAUCACUACCUCCACGACCAGUCUGAGCAGGAGCCGGUAACGGAGUCCUUCUCCACCCCAAAUCAUAAUCCAUUCUUGCUUGAUGCACAGGCAAGCGGUCGUCAUGAUCUUUUCCCCACUAGCUCUGGCAACCAGCUGCCAGCAUCACUCAACGACCCAUCUGUACACAGUGGCUACCGGUACCCCCCCGGAGAUCCUAGUUCUAGUGAAGGGCUAUUAGCAUCGUCUCCGGUUGAUACACUUCCUUACCCCAACAUCCUCGAUGCCCACGCAAGCUAUCGUGAUAGCUACGCUACCGUGACGGACACUGGCAAUGACUCAUCGAUGAUAUUUUCUAAUGCUCCGUCCCUUCAACUCACCCCCAUCGAUCCACACGCGGGCACCAUGUUUCCAGACCCCAACAUCGGUGCCCGCAUGAGCUAUUAUGACAACUACUCCGCUGGUGAAAACCCCCCAGCCGUUCGAGUCGAGUCGGCUCCAGGUACGAUGUCUUACGGGGCCUCUACAUUAUCGCGCUAUCACGCAUCCAUUGCUUCAUACUUUCCUGACUUCUAUGCGCCUCUUCAAUCCGCUGAUGGCGUUUCUAUGAUGCCUGACUCGGAGGAUGUGAUGCCGCUUCAUGCUGGCCAGCCCUUACCUUUGGAUGAGCCUUUGUGCUUUGAUGCACCACGUCUCGGGAAUCCGUUGCCUGCUGGAGAGGCUUCUAGAAGCCAACCCUCAAGAAAACGUCGUCAAGGUGACCUUUUUAUCCCAUUUGAUCCACGUCAAAAAAAGAUAAGGGGUUGGGCGGCUGCUAAGGAUGUUUCAAAUGUUGCAUCAUCUACCUCGUCCUCCCGGCCCCUCGUUGCUGGUGGCCCUGGCGUAGGACCUGCGCAAUAUGACGAGAGCCAUCCGAUUCACAAGGAGAUCGUUGAAAUGGCGCUGGGCAUUGUUAUUUGUUCUGUAGUCAAUGUCAGCCCCUUCUUAUCCGAGGACGAGCGGAAGCAGGAAGUUCAUUCAGCGCUAACCAUGGCAACACGUUGCUUUGCGGAUGUAGAUACCGCGGACCGAUGGACCUCUGAUAAUGAAUCGACGCUCUAUAAAAUUCUCUCGGCGCCAUCAGCAAACGUUAUGGCUAUUGCUAGAAAACAUGCCCAUCACUUAGUUCCACAUGGCUAUGGGCUACGUCUUCCACUUUCGUCCAAUGAAUCCGAACCCACGCACCAGGCACAAAGAGCUAAAACUCUUCUAAAGCCUUCGCGCCUCCCCAAAUAUCUUUUCAAGGCGGGCGGGUUGAUUCCUUUCGAAAAUGAGGUGAUUCAGGACAUCGUUCAGAACACCAUUGUAGAACUUGGCUACCAGCCAUACGUCACUCAGCUGAAUGGUAUGUAUUGUACAGCUGCCGUCGCCGUGCAUUGCGUCCUGCUAGGGCUAAAGUAUGGUGGGAACGACGAUAACGAAUUUUCGGCUAAAGAAUUCAAACCCGUGCACACCACGCUGAUGGACUAUAUAAAAACGCAUAUUACACCCCACAAACAACGAUCGGAGUGGUGGGAGAAUCACAAAUCACUUACACUCCGUAGAUUGACGGACAUAUACGCAUUCCAGUCGAAACUUAAAGCCGGCAAAUGA